GAGACUCACAAUGAUCCGUAUGCGAGGGAUCAUAUAUAUGGUUGGUGCGCUGAUCCUGGUUCUAUUUGUGGUGGCUUUCACAUCGGAAACUUUUAGUCUCAACAACUUACUCCAUCCAGCUCCUCGUGCACCCCGCAUUGUGAAACCAUUUGCGCCUGUUGUCCAAGAUUUAAAUAAAGAAUCCCUACCCGCUGACAGUCCUACAGUGAUAAAAGCAUUGCGAGACAAGUUCCUCCUGCCUCCCUCACCUGUGCCAUACAACCUGAGUCACCCUGAGCAGGAGAACCCAUCCAUGGGUCAAGCCCAGAGGAUUGACUUUAUAUUAAAGGGAAAGCGGGAUGGAUUCUACAUUGAAUGUGGAGCGUUGGAUGGAGAACUUCGUUCGAACACUUUAUUUUUUGAGCGUGAAAGAAACUGGAAGGGACUCCUCAUAGAAGCAGACCCCAAGAAUUUUAAGCAGAUGUUACUGAAACAUAGAAAAGCAUAUAUGUCUCCAGCUUGUCUUGCUCCCACUCCUUAUCCAACUGCUGUGUUGUUUGAGCAGCAGGAAAACCAGGGCCACAUUGUAGGGAAGCAAGACAACCCUUCAGGUGGGUCAGAGGUUGGAGGAGUGUUAGAAGUGCAGUGUUUUCCCCUCUACUCUUACUUAUUGGCCCUCAAUGUUACCACGGUUGAUUACUUCAGCUUGGAUGUAGAGGGAGCAGAGUUCAGUGUUCUCAAGACCAUACCAUGGGAAAAAGUUGAUAUUAAGACACUUUCAGUGGAAUUUAUACACGACCAUGAAGGAAAGGAGGCUAUUCAGACAUACAUGUUAAGCAAGGGUUAUUAUGUCCACUCAGAAGUUACUCAUUACAAUUGGUUAGCUAAUGAUUUUAUUUUCGUAAAAAAUGAAGUACAGUAAUCACCUUUCUGUAUCAAUUGUCCUUAUGUUUUAUAGGUUCAUAAGCAAAGCUUGAAUUGUAGAGAAUUCAAGAGUUUUAGCAUUCUUGUCCCCUUUCUUUUAUACAAUAGUCAUUUCUCUUUUAUAUGAGGAAAUUAAGAGUCUGCCAUUUUUUUUUUCUCUCUCUUUUUGAAAGUUGUGUACAGUGUGAGUAAUAUUCCAAAUAGUUUACUCUAUUCUUAGUAAAGGCAGAGUUUAUAUUUCUAUGUACAAUUACAUAUAUUAUGUUUAAAACUAGUCGGGUAAAAAUCAUCAAGAGAACUGCAAGGCUGGUCCUGCAGAUUACUGUUCCAUAUAUUCAUAAAUUGCAUGAUAUAUAUCACUUUUUUCUGAAGUUGCAUAUGUAUUUUUUUUUCUUUUUUAUGCUGAGAGGUAGUUUGCAAAUAAAGCUAUUUAUAAAGGAUGACAAAAGAAACACUUGAUAAUUAAAUAAUUGCUAGCAAAUAGUCAUCUAGAUCUGUACUGAAAACAUUGUGGAUUGCUUUGUCAAUUGCUCAUUAGAAUUGGCAUUUUGCAGUGAUAGAUUUUUCUGUAGGGUAGGAUGAAUAAGCAGCAUUAUAAGGUGGUUGUCACAAACUGGGAUAUCAGAUAUGUAUUCAUGGUAUGGAAGGGUUGAUAUGCUGGUGUAUGUUGUGUUGGGAAAAAUGAAAGGAUAAAAUUGAAUUUGUUUUCCAGAUAAUUUGAUGUUUUAUGAUAGAAACAGUAAUUAUAUUUUGAAGACAAAGCUUUUUUUCAGAUUUAGAAUAAGUUAGCCAUUUGAUUGAUUACCUUUAAUCAAAAGAUUACAUGAAUCUUCACUCUUGCCUGAAAUUUUCAUGAUGAAUCUCAAUGAUUGCAGUCAGUAUGAGGAAAUGAGAAAAAUACUCAGAAAAUGUUUAUAGUCCAUCAUUAUGUCACACAAGAUUAGCUUUUACAAGAACUAACUGUAAUGGGUGAUAAAUAGUUUAUAAAUUGAGUGGCCUGGGAGGGACAGGAGGUUAAGUAGGGAAUAGUUAAUCUAAGACCAGAGACUGACACACCAAGCCCUAUUUCAGAACACGAUCAAGAUUUCAUAACAUAUUGGUCACACAAGAUAGAGUUUUUGAAUAGGGAUUUAUGGAUUUAAGGUUUACAAGUUAAGUGUAUAUAAAACAAGGAAAAUUCAAGGAUGUUUUGUAACUUCAAAGAUAAAUGACCGGUGUUGGGAAAGGAAUUUGCUAUUUUCAUUGGAAGAUAUCCUUUUUUUUCACAGCUGUUCAUUACGAAUGUUGAGAAUUAAUUUCAUGUAUGCAUAAAUGAAAUUGUCAGAAUCUUUUGGUUUAUAGUUUAAGUCUUACUCGAUGGUACUUUAGUUUCCUUAUGGAUUACAUGGAAAAUUGUCUUAUGUCCAUGAAAGUACUUAUUUUAAUAAAAAAAAUAUACCUCUGUAGAUGUUGCUUACAGAUGCAUUUAGGUAUAUAUCAUCAUUUAUCAUCAGUAAAACCCAUGAAUGGUUUGGCCAUGCCAUAUUUAUGAUUAGGAAAUGUAUGUUCUUGAUAAUUUUUACCAGAUACUAAUUUUCUAUAGUUGCACCCUUUUGUGUGAUGUAUAUGAUAUUGUAAAAGUAUUAUUUUUGAAUGUGGCAUUUUCUAAUGAACUUUGUUAAUAUGAUGCUGAUAACUUGUCCAUAAUGUAUGAUAACACUUCAGAGUACGUUUUUAGUUCCUAAUCGUUUGUUCAUAGCACUUUUAACAUUUAUAUUAGCUAUUACGAAGGGUUCCAGGAAAUGCAAAGAACAUUCCAACCUCCAUCUCAGACCUUGUACAUAGCCGUUAUUUCAGAUUGUGCAUUUACACCUUAACCAUUGUAUUGUUUUUUUGUUUUUUUUUUUCUGUGAUUCAUUAUACAAUUUAUUUUAAGAAGAAAUGUAAAUUUUGCUUGAAGUAUUAUUGAAGGUUCACAUAUUGUAUGUUUCUGUAACCGUUUGGAUUACUGACAGUUUUGUGUGCAAAUACAGUGUGUUUGUGUACAUGUUUGUGAAUAUGCAUAUAUGUGUGUAUGUGUGUGUG